GUUAUAUUGACUUUCCAUAACCUCAAAACAGUAUUGUGAAUGUGACGAUACUCGAAAAUUUAUAUAUUAACGUAUAUACGUUUAUUUAUUAAUAUAUGUAUAUAUACGAUUGUACACAUUACUAGAAAGUACGUCAAAUACGUUGAAAUUUUAUAUGUAUACACGGUAAAUGUCUGGGUAUAUACAGUUGUGUGUGUAAGCAGAUAUUUGUUUAUACUUCAAGUUUUUUAAAUGGGUAAACCGACAGAUAUCAGUACAGAGGAAGAAAUAAAUUUAGAUACAAAUGAUGUCCUACCACAAAAAAAGCAUAAGAAACAUAAACAUAAAAAGCACAAGAAGAAAAAGCUUAUGCAUGAUGAUAAUGAUGGUUUUGUUAAUAUCUCAUCACCAGAUAAAAAAAAAAUAAAAAUAAAAAAAGACAAUGAAAGGAGCUUAGAUAAACGUGAGAAAUUAUUAAAACCUUGUAAUUUGAGUGCCCCUGUGAUAAAUACUGCCUCUUCUCCAAAAGCAACUGCAAAGAAAAAACUUCCAAAAAGUAACAAAGGGAAGGACAGUGGAACCAGUAGUGAAGAAGAAAGAUGGCUAGAUGCUAUUGAAUCCGGCAAGCUAGAAGAGGUCGAUGAUGAAUUGAAAAAGAUUAAGCCAAAAGAUCCCAAACUAAUGACAGCUCGACAAAGAGCAAUGUUCGAGAGAAAGACUGAUACAGAACCUAAUCCGAGUGUUGAACAAUUGAUGUCAUUACCUACUGGUUAUAAAGAAAAGGUCAUGACUGCAGAAGCUAUACAGAAGGCUGCUCUAAAAUCUCUGAAGCGAAAACAGCUUGCUGAUGAAAAAAGAGAAAAAGAUAAAAAAAAAACGAUGGAAAGACUACUCAAGAAGCAAGAAUCAAAAGCGUCCAAAGUCAUCAGCAAGGGAAGAGUAUCCAAGCGACAAGUGCCCCUAGUAACAUAUCGUUUAACAAUCGAAGGAAGUUCUAUAUCAUUACCACCUGGUGAAGAUUUUCCACUUUGUCCCGCCAAAGAAAAAAGUCCACCGAAACGAAUCUUUUGUGGUGUGAAUCAGUGUAAAAAUCCAAAAAAAUAUUCAUGUUCAAAAACUGGAAUACCAUUAUGUAGUUUAGAAUGUUAUAAAACUAAUCUUUUAUUAAAUAAUGUGUAAAAAUAUAUUGUAAUAAAUUAA